AUGAUAAUUUCCUAUCUGGCGAGGAUUGUACUGUUAUUGCCAGACCUCUCGGCAUCCGACAAUGACCGUCUUCUUAGUAUUGCCCAGUCCUCAUAUACUAGAAAAAAUGCAAAUCGAGUGGACUUCAAUUUACGAGUCAACUCAACAUCGGAUCUACUCCACAAUAACUAUGUGAGCAGCUCACCGACACAAUCACACAGGCUCAAUCUUCAAAUGGAUCGUUCGCAAAGUUGGGCUCCUUUAGGGAAAAUGCAUAAGCAGUUCUCGGACAACACCUGCAUUUCAGUAAAUGACACACAACGGAAACAUCUUCUGCAGCUGCAUGCGCAGCAACACUUCCUUACACGUCAGAUUCUGAAGGACACGAUUGUGAGUAUGCAAUAG